AUGUGUCGAUGGGGUUGCCGUGAAAAUGAUAUGAUAUUUAAAUGCAAGUUUUGCGGAACGAAUUAUUGUAAGGCGUGUGGAAGGGGAGAUUUUCAUGGUGUUAUGACCGCUACGUCAGUUUGCAGAGUUUGUUUCCAGCCCAAAUGCCAAGGAGAAAAGGUUGGAAAUACUCGGGAAAAAUCAACCAAGAAAGAAAUGAAGAAGAAGACAACAGUCAAGACAAAUACCUCCCAGUCCAAGAAAUAACAACUAAAUUUAAAAAGACUGAUCGUUCUAAAAGAAAAACCAAUAUACACGUAGUUUCUAAAGACUAAAAGCUAGUUUCCAAAUUCUAAUGCUAAUUUUAUUUUCAAGCUGCUUAUCAAACUUGCACUCACAGAGGCAAUUCGUCAAUAACUUACUCAGCCACAAUUGCGACAUUACAAGGCUUUACGUACCAAUGCUUUUUCUAGUACAGCAGUUAAUGUUAGAAUCAAGUUGAAGUUGACCGCGUCUGUAUUGAGAGCACUGUUAUCUCCUUGACAAAAAUAAUCCUGCACUCACUGUUUAUGUGCAGUCGUACCGGGCAAUCGCGCCAUUUUAAAUGAAGUGUCGUGUGUAAUCUGCGUUUGCUUCGGUUUUGCAGUGCAAAACUAAGACCAAUCACGACUUGGUCGCCAGCGUUUCAGGCAGUUUUUACUUUCAGUUUUCACUAACUCUUAAAGGUAUUAUCUUUUCCUCUAAUUGG